GCAGAUUUGAUAAUGUUGAGAUGGUCCCUUAGUUGAGGCCAUCUUGGAAACCCCACCUUAAUUACUAAAUUACUCAACACAGAAAUGGAUUCCAAGAAAGAAUAUGUUGCAAAGUAAGCUAGCUCAGAUACAAUGCAGGACAUUCAUGGUUCAGCAUUCUAAUAUAAAGGCCCUUAAUUAUUGAUGAAUACGAACAGUGAGUGUUAAUAGACUAUGGUCCAGAUCCAGGCAUCAUGCCGGGGUGCGGGUGCCACAAUGCGGGACCUUGAGAUGGACAUGCAGCAUAAACAGUUUGAAGACUACACUUUAACAAAACUUUCCCAGCAGAGUGCAACUUUACACAGUAAUCCCAAAGCCUUCAGUAAGAAGCUGCGUCAACGUGCCAAGCAGCGAGAAAUGGACCACUAUAAACAAUGGCGGCUGACUUGUUGUCUACGGGUGGCUAUUACUAUUGUGCUAAUGAUGGCAAUUGCUGCCACACUUGCUUGGUACUUUUUUGCUGGACCAGGGAAACCAGAGGAGACUAUUCUAAUAGCUCACUCAGAAAAGUUAACUGAUCACCAGAACAUAGUGUACAAUGCAGUGAAAGGUAGAGUCCAUAUUAUAAGCCAUCAAUACACUGCUCAGUUGGGUAAUUCAAACUCCACCAUCUACAGGGCUCUCAAGGCAAAGAUGCAGCUUCUACUGACUGCUGCAUUUAAAGAUAUUGAGAGCUUUAAGAAGGUAUUGGUGACAGACUUCACUGAAGGAAGUAUAGUAGUGGACUAUACACUCUUUUUCACUAAGCCAAAAGAUGAGGGUCACUUACUUAGUAAACCUACCUUUGUGAUAGAGCACUAUCUCAAAAAGACUGAGGGAAUGCUAGGUCCAUUUAGGAUACAACAAAAGAAUCUAGACUUUCAGUAUAUUCAAAAUGAAUGUAAGAAGAAUAAUGGUGGCUGUGCUUUCCAAUGCAUCUGGAGCCUUGGAAGUCAACAGUAUCUCUGCAUUUGCCCCCAAGGCCAGACCCUUACUUCAGAUAAACACACAUGUAAAAAAGCACCAAAAGAUGAUGCUUUGGAAGGCAACACCUCACCAUGUAGUGGGUCUAAUGACCUUUAUUUCCCAUGUAGCCCUAAACAAUGUAUGACAUGUGAUGGCUAUGCAGAUUGUGACAAUGGAAAAGAUGAGGCCUCUGCUCUUUGCACUGUAGAAGCAGCCACUGAAAACUUUGUUCACAUGACAACAACAUCAAAGCCAACAAACAGUGUCACCAUGACAACCACAAAACAAACAAUGAAGCCAUUCAUACCUGCGGCUGCAGAAGAGUACUUUGUGAUGGCACCUACAACUUUAACUGCCACAGAUAUACCAGAUACGACAAUUGUUACAACCAAAGACACUGUCAAAAUUGAGACUGACAGCACUACAACUAAAAAUAGACAGUUUGCAAAAGCUAUUAAGUCACUGCUCAAAAAGAGUACUGCUUUGACUACGGAGGAUAAAAACACUGUAUCAAUGGAUAUCACUGGUACUACUACGCCAACCAAAGAGUCAACAGACAAUAACAACAUUGAAGAUGUGGUAGAACUCCAGGAGAUAAGUAUUCUAAAGGGUGUUGUACCUACAGCAGAAAAGUCAGUGCCUAUAGAUGACUAUUAUAAUGAGCUAAAUGAGGAGGGAGGGGAAUUCAAGGAAACUACAGUUUACACUAGACCCACACGGUUUAAUGCCAUUAACAAUGAAGACAUAAACAGGAGAUAUUACUUUGGAAUGCCUGAUGAUGAACGAAGAUAUAAACCUAAGAAAAAGGCAUAUCGUCCUGCAGGAUUUAAGUUCUUUGGAUGAAUGGAUUAUAACUAGCCAUGUGGUUCAGUGCCUUCAUUGAGUAUUGCCACUGGCUCCAUUUAGCAGUCACACAUGAAUCAAUUCCUUUCUUCAUUAAAAAGUAUGUUUAACAGAAGAAGUUUUACAGUCACUACCGGUUUCAGUUUAUUUCUUCAGUUAACUGUUUGUCAUUUGAAAAUAUACAAAUAUAGGCCUAAGAUUAACAAAUAAGUAAAUAAUUUAAGUAAUAUACAUGUACAUAUUUAAGUUUCUCACUAAUACACACACUGGGCAUUUAUUAUGCAUUGGCAGUUUAUUUGAAAGCACUCUCAAAGAACUAUGGGCAUUGAUGCCCACCGAGGCUGGUUGUCAUUUAUGGAUGUGAUUUUCUUGUCCAUAAUCACGUACAGGUGUACCAGUUUACUCUUCUUCAUUCAUAUAAUGUAGGCUACCAAUGUUCAGUUCUUGUUGUAAUGAUUUGAAAUACAAUUGUGUUCAAUUUACAAAAAAUACAUAAUAAGUAAAUUUUUGUUAAUAAUUUACUAAAAUGGUAAAUUUGUGGAAAAAUUCUAAUAUGUAGCAGAAUGUGUAGCAAUAAGAUAACUUGGUAGUUACUGUGGGUCUAUGAGCACUGCAAGAAACUAUAUAUAACAAUAAAUAAGACGUAUAACAUAUUUACAUACAUAUUUAUAAUGCUUGAUUGUGGUUAUCAAGGUUUGCCUAAAUUGACUAGAAAAAUAAAUAUUUUUUUACUCUAUAAAAUUAUUUUAUUCUGGAUGGAAAGUGGAGCUUUCAAGUAAUAUUCCACUAAACCAGAAUGACCCGUGAAUGUAUCUUUCAAGUCAUGUGACUAGGGUUUGAGUAAUCGUGAAUGGCAAGUUUGACAGUGACAUAUACAAAAUACAAGAGUUCAUUACACAGAGUGAUCACUUAUAUACAGGUAGAUAUAUGUAAUCAGGUUACUGAUUCCUGGAAGUUUUAUGUUCUAACAGGGUGGCUAUGCCAGGGAAGUCAAGGAACAUCAAACUUUGAUUUGAAAAAUCGAGCAUUUCAUAAUUUUCUCUAAAAUGACAAGAAAAUGGCAAUGGUAUUUUAUAUAGAAUUCUAAGAAAAGUAAAAGAACAGCUCAUUUGGUAAAAAAUACAUGAACUUGGGAAAAGUCUGUGAUUUUUUGGGAUCGGCAACCCUGUAUAUCGGUGAAAGCUCUCUCUAGACUUGAGACAGUCAGACUAUUAAAGUAUAUACAGCCAAUACUAUUCAUUCACUGAUCAGUAUCAAGCGAAGGUAACGACCGUCACAUUCGCAUCAAAGAUGGCGGACGGGGAGUGGCGAUUUCGAUAUUUUUAGUUU